AUGAUCGGACUUGAAGGAUGGUUUGCGAAUUUCACACAAAUCUCGCGGCGCUGGAAUUCACCGGAAAGUUUAGCCGAUAUUCCGCGACCACAUUUGGAAUAUGCCAUUUUUGCCACGUUGAAAGGGGCCGAGCUUAUGAGUGUUCUAGGUGGGUGAUUUUUGGGUGGAAAUCAUGAAUUUCAGCAUUUUCAGCGCAAAAUUUGGGUCUAGAAGUGGCUAACUAUUCCAAAUACCGUUCAAGACACCCGGGUUCGACCCCCAUCCGGAACUUUUCAAAUUUUUCUCAGAAGUCUUUCUGGACUCAAAUUUUUCGCUGAAAACGCUGAAAGUAUUGAAAUUCGCUGAAAAUCAAUAAUUUCAGCAUUUUCAGCACAAAAUUUCAGCCUAGAAGUGAUUGAUUCUGGAUUUUUCAUUCAAAAUUCUGAAAUUUCGUCUAGAAAGCCCUAGAAGCCUAAAAAUCUUGUUUUAGCCCAAAUUUUGUGCUGAAAACGCUGAAAUUAUCAAAAUUUGCUGAAAAUCAAGAAUUUCAGCGUUUUCAGCACAAAAUCCUGAAAUUUGCUGAAAAUCGUUAAUUUCAGCGUUUUCAGCACAAAAUUUCAGCCUGGAAAUGAUUGCUUCUGAAUUUUUCUUGAAAUUUUGUCCAGAAAGCCUCAGAAGCCUAAAAACCUUCUUCUAGCUCCAAAUUUUGCGCUGAAAACGCUGAAAUUAUUGAUUUUCAGCGAAUUUCAGGAUUUCCAGUGUUUUUAGCUCAAAAUUUCAGCCUGGAGUAGAUUUUUUUCAAAAUUUUGUCCAGAAAGCCUCAGAAACCUAACAAAUCUUCUUCUAGCUUCAAAUUUUGCGCUGAAAACGCUGAAAUCACUGAAAUUCGCUGAACAUCAUCAAUUUCAGCCUUUUCAGCACAAAAUUUCAGCCUUGAAGUGAUUUUUUGGCACAAUUUUCUACAUUAGAGUUUAUAGGCUCAAAUUUUGCGCUGAAAACGCUGAAAAUCAAGAUUUUCAGCCAAAUUUCAAUUUCCAGGAGGUCUAAUAGCUCAUCCAAUUUAUCGCUGGUAUUUAUCCCGAAAACUAACACCCGAAACCACAACUCCAAAUUCGGACAAAGUUAUUCGAAAUGCGUGUCGAAAAUUGCAAGGAAGAAUGUUGAUUUUUGGACUUUGCGCUGCGCCUUUAAUCAGUCGUGUCGAGACCCAUUUUAGUGGAAGAAGUGAGAUGGAAUUGAAGAAUAAAUGCUAUGCUAUUAGGUGUAAUAAGGAGACUUUGAGCUUGGUAAGUGAUUUUUUGGCAGAAAUUUUGGGAUUUGUGAAUUCAGCACGAAAUUUGGAGCAUUUUGAUAGGUCAUAAGCCUGGGUUUAGGCUUCGGCCUUUUUUCAGGCUUACUGGGCUUUUUUUGGCCCAAAUCCCAGGCCUGAACUGAAAAUUCAUGAAUUUUUGUAUUCAGCUUGAAAUUUGGAGCAUUUUGAUAGGUCAUAAGCCUGGGUUUAGGCUUGGGCCUUUUUUCAGGCUUUUCUAGGCUUAUUGGGCCAAAAAUCACUUCUAGACUGAAAUUUUGUGCUGAAAACGCUGGAAAUACUGAAAUUCGCUGAGAAUAAAUAAUUUCAGCGGUUUCAGCGCAAAAUUUCGAUCUAGAAGUGGUUAACUAUUCCAAAUACCACUCGAGAUACCCAGGUUCGACCCCCACCCAGAACUUUUCAAAUUUUCGUUUCAGAAGCUUCUCUAGGCUGAAAUUUUGUGCUAAAAAUGCUGAAAUUCAUGAUUUUCAGCGAAUUUCAGUGUUUCCAUGAGGCUCGGCGCGAAAUUUCAGCUUAAAACGAAGUUUCAGAUUUUUUUAGAUUAAAAAAAUCUGAAAAUUUCAAAAUUUUAAAAUUUUGACGCCAAAAAUCAACACCUAAGUGAUUUCACUGCAAAAAUCGGGAAUUUUCGGAUUCAGCUUGAAAUUUGGGCCAAAAUGAGGUCCAACAAGCCUAGAGAGCCUGAAAGAGGCCUAAGCCUAAAUAUAGGCUUAUAACCUAUCAAAAUGCUCCAAAUUCCGAGCUGAAUCUGAAAAUUCAUGAGUUUUCGAAUUUAGCUUGAAAUUCGGGCCCAAUAAGCCUAGAAAGCCCAAAAAAGGCCUAAGACUAAGUAUGACCUAUUAAAAUGCUCCAAAUUCCCAGCUGAAUCUGAUAAUCUCAAAAUUUUUUCAGGAUCGAGCAGUUCUUGUGUGCGGCUUCAUUGGUUGGUACUGGAAAAGGUUCCAAGGAGCUGUAGAUGGUAUAAAUUGUGGAAUUGCCUAUGCGAUGAUAAAUUCACAAUUCAUUGCACCACGAACUUCACCAAUGCUGAAAGACAGUGUUCCAGAAGAGGCGAGAUUUGAAAAUGUGGAAAUGGCCGAGGAAAAUCGAACGAAAUUGACAAAGUUCCUGGCGGAACAGGAUCGAAAAUCUGAAAAUUAG